CUUUUCGUUGCUUUCGCGGUCUAAUUUUCAUCAUGGUGAACAUAGGUAGACCAUCCCGUGCUUGUCUUUCUUGCAGGCAAAAGCGAAUUAAGUGUGAUGAGACUAGACCGACUUGUAAAAGAUGCUCGAGGCUCAAGUUGGAAUGUGGGUGGAAGGACGAGUGGACGUCGAUGGUGCGCCACCAAGAGAAAUGGGCAGAGUGCAAGGUAGCAAAGCGUGUCGAGAAAGUCCAGAUGAAACGGAACCAGCGCCACGUGCAUCGCAAGCCUGACUUAUCCUCAUAUGUUGCAGCCCAUGCCCUCAGCAUGUCGAAGCAGUGCCAGAUUGGCCCAGAGGUUUAUGCUAUCAACCGCUUUUAUUCCGAUUAUGCGUUUACGGAGGGGACCUUUCCCUUCCUGCAUCUCGUGGCGCCCUUAUACACCCUUGAGCAGACUCCAGGUUAUCUGCAUAGUGCCUUGCCUGCAGUAGCACUAGCUAGCUCAGCUAAGCAGCUUAAUCGACACGAUAUGAUGCUAGAAGCGCACCGGCAUUACGGGAAUGCUGUGAGGUCGCUGAAUAACAGCUUGCCGGAUACCUCCAUGGCGAAGCACGACGCGACUCUCCUCACAGUCUUCCUUCUUGGUCUCUACGAAUUCAUCACGACGGAUCGCCUUCACGGGCUUCCUUCGCCGUACCACACCCAUGGACCCGGGCGUCUCGCUCUCCUCCGACUCAGAGGCCCCGAGCAACUUGAAACGAUAACAGGUCGUAAUCUCUUCACUUUACUCUAUCAUGAUCAGCUCAUCUCGACCUUUCUCGGUAAUGGAGAACUCAUGGACGAAUUUCCAGCUUGGAUGCACCGCUCUUAUCCACCCUCACCCAUGAAAUCCAUGAAGCUAUUAAUGCAUGAGAUCAGUUGCCUUCUUUCUUGCUUAAAGAAAGUACUUUCAAGAUCGCAAACAAAGGCCACAACCCAGAUGGCACAGAUUCGGAAACGCGUCUCAGUCUACCAAAGUGUUGACGACUUUGACCAUAAUGCUUAUCUCGAAGGAAUCCACAACGACUGGCCAUUGGAAGACACAGAGGCAACCGAUUUUGUUUUGGAUAUGUAUGAGAAAGCCGAUACCCUCCUCCCUUUACUACGAAAAGGCAUUGUGGUUAACGAAGCCCUUGGAAACCUCGAUCUCCACGUUCAACCUGGCUGGCCUGAUGAUAGCGAGGUUACCAGUCACACAACAGGGAAGGAUAGACCGGCAGACCUGGAUGAAAUAUUACCGCAAGAUGGUAUGCUAGUAGAAGACGUGUCGGUCUAUGUCGGGAUCUCGAGAGCAGUCACUCUGAACGUAUAUCGGGCGAUGCAGAUUCACCUUCUUCAAACGCUUCUCAGUGCCCUACCAUCCGCCAUCACCCUUGUAGGAAACUACCCAAACGCUGAAUUCGACUUUGCCAGCCUGCACGCUGACUGGACCACAACGAUCGCCCACCUUGCACGUGCCAUCUGUAAUGACAUACCUUACGUUCUUGGCGAACGUGACAAACAAGGACGUCGACUAAAAUCCCCAGUCUCUGGGCGAGCCUUCCGAGCGUACUUAAUGUUGUGGCCUUUGCAGGUAUCCUUGGAUGCUAAAGAGACAUCCCCAGAAGACAGGGCGUUAAUCGCCAGACGCCUGAGGUACAUUAGCGAAAUAAUUGGAAUUGGAAUGGCAGGCGAGAUUGCUUCCGCGGCGACAAGCGAUCUAAAUAUCGGUUCACUAGACGAUCAACUAUUACCAGUUGCUAGCAGCAUCGACUCCCCCGAGGGUCUGUGGUCAGAGGCUGCCAUUGAACCAGCGUUGAACGCGGAGCAAGUUCAUAACCUUCAAUCGGUAUUGUGAUAGCUGCAUGUCUACGAAGCCGGGAUUUUGCAAUGGAAAAGGUUUAGAUUUCUAUCGGACAUACCCAUAAGUCUUGUUACUUCCACCUAGUCUUUUUGUUUGGCCUUUGCAUGACAUAGCCCAACUACAUGGCUUUCUCUGAAACUCACGCCAUCAUCCGUUGCUACCUGUACUUCAGUUCAGAGUCCUGCCUAAACCAAAAACUACCGUCGCCAAUGAGAGGACAACGAUCGAUGUGCGGCAG